AUGUCUGCUCGUCCUCAAGUCUCAGUUUACACCGCUAAAGGUGAAGUUUCUCAAACUUCAGUCCCAUUACCAUCAGUCUUCUCUGCUCCAAUCAGACCAGAUAUUGUUCACUCAGUUUUCACUUCAGUUAACAAAAACAAACGUCAAGCUUACGCUGUUGCUGAAAACGCUGGUCACCAAACCUCAGCUGAAUCAUGGGGUACUGGUAGAGCUGUUGCUCGUAUUCCACGUGUUGGUGGUGGUGGUACUCACCGUUCAGGUCAAGCUGCUUUCGGUAAUAUGUGUCGUGGUGGUCGUAUGUUUGCUCCAACUAAAACCUGGAGAAAAUGGCACGUUAAGGUCAACCAUAACGAAAAACGUUAUGCUACCGCCUCAGCUAUUGCUGCUUCAGGUGUUCCAUCAUUAGUUUUAGCUAGAGGUCACCGUGUUGAAGAAAUUCCAGAAGUUCCAUUAGUUGUUUCAUCAGAUGUUGAAUCCAUCACUAAAACUAAAGAAGCUGUUGCUGUCUUAAAAGCCGUUGGUGCUCACAGAGAUGUUGUUAAAGUCUUAAAAUCUAAGAAAUUAAGAGCCGGUAAAGGUAAAUUAAGAGGUCGUCGUUACACUCAACGUCGUGGUCCAUUAGUUGUCUACGGUCAAGACAAUGGUUUAGUUAAAGCUUUCAGAAACAUUCCAGGUGUUGAAACUGCUAACGUUUCAUCAUUAGGUUUAUUACAAUUAGCUCCAGGUGCUCAUUUAGGUAGAUUUGUUAUCUGGACUGAAUCAGCUUUUGCUAAAUUAGAUUCAGUUUGGGGUUCAGAAUCAGUUUCAUCAGCUAAAUCAGGUUACUCAUUACCAUCAAACAUUAUUUCAAACGCUGAUGUUACCAGAAUCAUCAACUCUUCAGAAAUCCAAAACGUUGUUAGACCAGCUGGUCAAGCUACUCAAAAACGUACUCACGUUUUGAAAAAGAACCCAUUAAAAAACAAACAAGUUUUAUUAAGAUUAAAUCCAUAUGCUAAAGUUUUCUCUGCUGAAAAAUUAGGUUCUAAAAAAGUUGAACAAAAAUCUGAAAAACCAUCAAAAGGUCAAUUCACUGAAGUUUUGAAAUACGAUUAG